CAGCCCCAAAUAACUAACCCACCGUGGGUAGGCAUGAAUCUUUCCUUUGAAUGUGCACAUUAUUUUACAAUCUACUCCAUGCUGUGAGGAGAGCGUUUUUGCCCGAGCCAGCUGGUGUUGCUAAUGUAGGCCGAGGGCCCGCUUGUCAAGAGGCGUUCAUGGAGAACUUGAACCCGACACAACUAACUGUCAAGCAGCUAAAGCAACGGUACCUGGAUGCCUUGCAGACUAACAAUGCCGAGGAGGUCCUCUGGAUCCUCCGCAUCAAGAAACUCGACAUCGACACCGUUCUGGAAGUGGACGACCCCAGCAUGGUCCUUGCCUCUUAUAAACAAGGGUAUUGGCUGCCAGGCUACAAACUAGAGAAGUCCUGGGCAAUGGGUCUUCAUGUUUGUGUGAUGUACAACGCUUUGGAAACCGCACUGGUGCUCCUCGAGGAAGGCGCGGCCAUCAACGGCAUGCCCAACGGGAAGACGCCGUUACACGUGGCCUGCGAGGUGUCCAAUGCCGACUGUGUGGGUCUGCUUUUAGCGCACGGGGCAAAGGUCAACAGCUUGUCCCUGAGUGGACACACGCCACUGCACUACUGCAUCACCAAAGAAUCCGUGACCUGCGCCAAGCUGCUCAUCCUCAAAGGUGCGCAGGUGAGUCUACCCAGUCACAACAAUGAGGAGGACACACCUUUACACGCCGCGGCCAGAUUUGGGGUUGCGGAACUGGUGGCACUCUAUUUGGCUCAUGGAGCGCCUGUGGAUUUAGUCAACUCUUUGCAAGAGACUCCCCUGAUGACCGCCGCCUUUUGGGCUUUUGACACGAAAGAGCAAACCUACAGCCAAGAUCACCAUCUUGUCUGUCGCAUCCUGUUGGACCACAAAGCGGAUGUCAACCUUCAAGAGGAAGAUAACAAAACAGCUCUUCACAAGGCUGCCUGGAACUGCGAUCACAUCCUGAUGCGGAUGUUGCUGGAAGCCGGAGCGGACGCCCGAGCCAUGGACAUCAACGGCUGCUCUCCCAUCCAGUACCUCCUCAAAGUUACUGACGUAAGGCACACGGCCUUACACGAAAACUGCUAUCAGCUGCUGCUCAACUACAACGCGGCCAGGAUCUACCCACCCCAGUUUCAUAAGGUGUUGCAGUCCUGCCAUGACUACCCUAAAGUUGUCGAGAUCAUGGUCAACUCGUAUGAACAUUUAAAGCCGACAAGGAAGUGGAGAUCUGCCAUUCCGGAUGAUUGCUACAAGCGAAACAAAGAAUUCUACGACUCCUUGUUCGCUGUUUGCACCAACAGCCCACGCAGCUUGCUGCACCUGACUAGAUGUGCCAUCAGAGGCGGUAUGGCGGUCUCGCGUGAAAGAGGAACGGCAUUGCUCCCUUUACCGUCAAGUAUUAAGAACUACUUAUUACUGACACCAGAGGGGGUACUGUAUUGAUCCGGGUACAUAUCAAGAUGGCUUCAACGGAGAACAUUCAAUAUCUGUUGAGAGGGGAAUAAGGAAUGCAUUUUUCAGAGUGUGUGAGAUGCACGCGACGAGGAUGUUCAUGACAUGUAGGGUCAC